AUGCCAUCAACAGGGAGGGAUCAGAGGAUUGUUCGCAGCAUGGCAAGCCUUCGUCGAAGCAUAAUGGAGGGUAUUUCAAGGGCAAUGGGGGAUGGUAUAGGCUUUAUAGGAAGAGGAAGAGGAAGAAGACAUCAACAUACAAAUAUUCCUUCGCAGCCUCAAGAACACGUUUCACAACCACAUGAUCAAGUCGUGGUUCGAGAGGAAUGGAGUUUUCUAGAGAGUUUUGAGAAGCAAUAUGGCACCAAACACCCUUUCUUUUAUGCUUGCCGUUUCGGGGAAGCAAUGAAGUUAGCAGAACAAGAUCACAAGUUCUUGUUCAUGUACCUCCACUCACCUGACCACCCUUUCGCAAACUUUUUCUGCAAGGAAACACUGUGUUCGGAACCAGUGAUUCAGUUUCUUGACGUGAAUUUUGUUUGCUGGGGAGGACUCACAUAUAGAGGAGAGGGCUUGCAAAUGGUUGCAACACUUAGCCCUGACACCUUUCCCUGUUGUGCUGUCAUAGCCCCUGCUCCCGGUGAGAGCAUAGCAGUUCUGCAACAGCUAGAAGGACCCCUUUCACCUGCUGAACUAGUGGGGAUUCUACAAAGAACAUUGGAAGAACAAGGAAUGGCUUUUGGAAGUGCUAAAGCUAAGCAGGAAGAAAAGAUUGAAGCAGAUCGUAGGCUUAGAGAAGAACAAGAUGCUGCAUAUCUUGCAGCUUUGCAAAUUGACAAGGAAAAAGACAAACUCAAUAAUUUACCUUCAGGAGAGGGAGUUCAGAAGCAAGUGGAAGCUCACAAUACCAAAAAUUAUGGUAAACUGGUGAACAAUUCUAUUAAGUUCACCAAACAGAACAAUAGAGUGAAUGAGUCCACUAAGGGAGUUGCAAGUAAAGGAAGCGAGUCUCAGCCCACACAGAUACUCGUAAGGUUUCCGAACGGGGAAAGAAGAGAGCAUACUUUCCUUUGCACAGACAAAAUCCAAUCCAUUUUCUCAUACAUUGAUUCAUUAGGUUUGCCAGGAAUCGGAAAAUACAGAUUGAUAUCAAACUUUCCAAGAAGAGCUUAUGGUGUUGACCAAAUUGGAAUGACUCUCAAAGAGGCUGCCUUGUAUCCUAAAGCUAGUGUAUUCCUGGAGCCUUUAGGAACAAGAGCCACAUAA